AUGGGGACAGGGGCUGCAGACGGCAGCCGCGGGGCGCGCUGGUGGCUCCCGUGGCUAGGACUCUGUUUCUGGGCGGCAGGGGCUGCGGCUGCCCGAGGAGCCGACAGUGGCGAAGUUCUUCCUGACUCCAUCCCAUCUGCCCCUGGAACGCUGCCUCAUUUCAUAGAGGAGCCUGACGAUGCCUACAUCAUCAAGAGCAACCCGAUCGCACUCAGGUGCAAGGCAAGGCCUGCCAUGCAGAUCUUCUUCAAAUGCAAUGGGGAGUGGGUCCAUCAGAAUGAGCAUGUCUCGGAGGAAAGCCUGGAUGAGAGCUCAGGCUUGAAGGUCCGGGAAGUGUUUAUCAAUGUCACCAGGCAGCAGGUGGAGGACUUCCAUGGGCCGGAGGACUAUUGGUGCCAGUGUGUAGCAUGGAGCCACCUGGGAACUUCCAAGAGUAGGAAAGCUUCUGUGCGCAUAGCAUAUUUACGGAAAAACUUUGAACAAGAUCCACAAGGCAGGGAGGUUCCUAUUGAAGGCAUGAUUGUGCUGCAUUGUCGCCCGCCAGAGGGAGUUCCCGCAGCAGAGGUGGAAUGGCUGAAAAAUGAGGAGCCCAUUGACUCCGAACAGGAUGAGAACAUUGACACCAGGGCUGACCACAACUUGAUCAUCAGGCAGGCCCGGCUCUCAGACUCGGGGAAUUACACCUGUAUGGCAGCCAACAUCGUAGCCAAGAGGAGGAGCCUCUCAGCAACUGUGGUGGUCUACGUGAAUGGAGGCUGGUCUUCCUGGACAGAGUGGUCAGCCUGCAAUGUUCGCUGUGGUAGAGGAUGGCAGAAACGUUCCCGGACCUGCACCAACCCCGCUCCUCUCAAUGGUGGGGCCUUUUGUGAGGGAAUGUCAGUGCAGAAAAUAACCUGCACUGCUCUUUGUCCUGUGGAUGGCAGCUGGGAAGUGUGGAGUGAAUGGUCAGUCUGCAGCCCAGAGUGUGAACAUCUUCGUAUCCGUGAGUGCACAGCUCCAGCCCCAAGAAAUGGUGGCAAGUUCUGUGAAGGUCUCAGCCAGGAAUCUGAAAACUGCACGGAUGGUCUCUGCAUUCUAGAUAAAAAACCUCUUCAUGAAAUAAAACCCCAAAGAUGGAGUAGGAGAGGCAUUGAGAACGCCAGCGACAUUGCUUUGUAUUCGGGCUUGGGAGCAGCUGUUGUAGCCGUCGCGGUCCUGGUCAUUGGUGUCACCCUCUACAGACGGAGCCACAGUGACUACGGAGUGGAUGUCAUUGACUCUUCUGCAUUGACAGGUGGAUUCCAGACCUUCAACUUCAAAACAGUUCGUCAAGGAAAUUCUCUACUCCUGAAUCCUGCCAUGCAACCCGAUCUGACCGUCAGCCGGACAUACAGUGGGCCCAUCUGUCUGCAGGAUCCCCUGGACAAGGAGCUCAUGACAGAGUCCUCACUCUUCAAUCCUCUAUCUGACAUCAAAGUCAAAGUCCAGAGCUCAUUCAUGGUUUCCCUGGGAGUGUCUGAGAGAGCCGAGUACCGUGGCAAGAAUCACUCGGGGACUUUUCCCCAUGGAAACAACCGUGGAUUUAGUACACUACAUCCCAGAAACAAAACACCGUACAUCCAAAAUCUGUCAUCACUUCCGACAAGGACAGAGCUGAGGACAACUGGUGUCUUUGGCCAUUUAGGGGGGCGCUUAGUAAUGCCAAAUACAGGGGUGAGUCUACUCAUACCACAUGGUGCCAUCCCAGAGGAGAAUUCGUGGGAGAUUUAUAUGUCAAUCAACCAAGGCGAACCCAGCCUGCAGUCAGAUGGAUCUGAGGUCCUCUUGAGUCCUGAAGUCACCUGUGGACCUCCAGAUAUGCUUGUCACAACUCCGUUUGCACUGACCAUUCCUCACUGUGCAGAUGUCAGUGCAGAGCACUGGAAUAUCCACUUGAAGAAGAGGACCCAGCAGGGGAAGUGGGAGGAAGUGAUGUCAGUUGAAGAUGAGUCUACAUCCUGUUACUGCCUCUUGGAUCCUUUCGCCUGUCAUGUGUUGCUUGAUAGCUUUGGAACAUAUGCCCUCACAGGAGAGCCAAUCACGGACUGUGCGGUAAAGCAGCUCAAGGUGGCUGUGUUUGGCUGCAUGUCCUGUAACUCCUUGGAUUACAACCUGAGAGUUUACUGUGUGGACAAUACUCCUUGUGCAUUUCAGGAAGUGGUUUCUGAUGAACGGCACCAAGGCGGCCAGCUCCUGGAAGAACCGAAGCUGCUGCAUUUCAAAGGGAAUACAUUCAGUCUUCAGAUCUCUGUCCUCGACAUCCCUCCGUUCCUCUGGAGGAUCAAACCAUUCACUGCAUGCCAGGAAGUCCCUUUCUCCAGAGUGUGGAGCAGCAACCGGCAGCCCCUGCACUGUGCCUUCUCCCUGGAGCGCUACACGCCCACCACCACCCAGCUGUCCUGCAAAAUCUGCAUUCGGCAGCUCAAAGGCCAUGAACAGAUCCUCCAGGUGCAGACAUCCAUCCUAGAGAGUGAACGAGAAACCAUCACUUUCUUCGCACAAGAGGACAGUACAUUCCCUGCACAGACUGGCCCGAAAGCCUUCAAAAUUCCCUAUUCCAUCAGACAGAGGAUCUGCGCUACGUUUGAUACCCCCAACGCCAAAGGCAAGGACUGGCAGAUGUUAGCGCAGAAAAACAGCAUCAAUAGGAAUUUAUCAUAUUUUGCUACCCAAAGCAGCCCCUCCGCUGUCAUUCUGAACCUCUGGGAGGCUCGUCACCAACAGGACGGAGAUCUUGACUCACUCGCCUGUGCCCUCGAAGAGAUUGGGAGGACACACACGAAACUAUCAAACAUCACAGAGUCCCAGAUCGACGACGCCGACUUCAACUACAGCAGGCAAAAUGGACUCUAGUCUGUUUCUUCUCUUGAGGCAGCACUAGUCAUAGCCUGCUUCAGAGCAGUGGCAGGGACGAGGCAGAUUUCUGCCCAGGGGCAUUUGGGGGAAUUCAGCCUUUAUUGAGAGUCAGUGAGAAUCCUUGGAUGAAGAAAAUGAGUUUGAUGUAGGUAAACCAUGUUAACAGUGGGAGAAAGAGAGAACCCUGCUAUUCCCUCUGAAUCCACACACGGGUAAACAUUGGAUAUGCUCCUCAGAUUUGGACUGCUGAGGAUAAAAGUGAAGGUACCUGUAGAUACAAGUAGUUCUGGAAACCAGACACACCACAGUAAAGCCAUGAAGGCAGAGAUUAAGUGCAUGCUUGGAAACAGGUUUUUAAUGACUUGCCCCACUGGGCCAGCUGAUUCUGAGUCCAGAUUUUUCAGAUUCCAACCAACUGGCAUCCAGGAGGUUGGAAAUCAUGGCAAGACUAGCUUUCAAAGGGGAAACCAGAUCGCCAACCUAUU